AUGAUUCCUGCAAAAAUUAUUUUAAAAUCAGCUACUAAGUUAACUCUUAACGAAAGAUUUGGUGAAAUUGCCAAACAAGCUCCUCUGGCACCUCGUAUUGAACAACAAACUAGUGUAAUUAUACCUAAAUCUCGACGAGAUUUAUUUGGAAAUAAACAAUCAGCAACACAAAAAGCUGCAAAUCAACUUAAAAAACGAAGUAUUAACUAUCGACUUGGUCUUGGUGGCAAUAAUAAUAAUAAUAAUAAUAAUGCUCCUGCUUUCAAUCGUCAAUAUGCAGCUCCGAAGCCAUCACGCAUUUUUCAACGUCUUAGCUAUGGAAAUCGAAGACGUGGUGGUGGUGCUAAUUCGUAUUUAUUUGGUGGCCAAAGUGGUAUGGGUUUACGACUUCGAGGGCAAGGUCGAGUUGGAACACGUGUAUUUCAUUCUCGAACACGUGGUUAUUUAAAUAAUAAUACAGUUAGCCGAUUCGGUGGUUAUUCAAGACGGGGAAGUAAUAAUAAUAAAAUUAACAAUAAUAAUAAUAAUCGUGGUCGACGUUUCGGAAAUAAACAAACUCGUGGCCGUCCUGGUGGAAAUAAAAAUAUUACCAGAGGGCGCGGAAAUGGUCGAAACCAAAAUAGAAAAAAUAAUAAUAAUAAUACAAGCCUCACAAAAGAAACUCUUGAUAAUGAUAUUGAAAGUUAUAUGGCUAAAACCAACAUUGAUAAUAGUUCAAUGGACAUAAACGCUGUUUAA